AUGGCCGUUCAAUCUAGAGUCGCAGCAGUCACGGGCGCCAACAAGGGCAUUGGUCUCGCCAUUGGUGUGUCACUCCCACUCGCUGCCUCCUUCUCGAUGCUGAUAGGCGCACANGUGCGCAACCUGGCCCUCACAUACCCAUCGUCACCUCUCCGCAGCGGACCCCUCCUCAUCUACCUUUGCGCACGCUCUGCAUCCCGAGGCGCCGAAGCCGUCAAGACCCUCCAGAACGAUCCCCAGCUCAAGCAGGCAAAGGUUCUCGUCGAGGACGGCGGCGACACGACCAUCACCUUCCGCGAGUUUGAUGUCAGCGACCAGUCCAGCAUCCACGCCUUCCGCGACUUCUUGCAUACGGAACACCCCGACGGCAUCGAUGUCCUGAUCAACAAUGCCGGCAUUGCCAUGGACGGCUUCAACCCCGACGUCGUCAAGCAGACGCUCGCCACAAACUACUACGGCACCCUCGAAGCCACACAAUCCAUCCUUCCUUUGAUCCGCGACGGCGGCCGCCUCGUCAAUGUCAGCUCUAUGGCUGGUAAGCUCAACAAAUACACGCCCGAACUGCGCGACGCCUUCAUCUCAGCUUCCAAGUGUGGCGUCUCCGACUGCACAGCCCUCAUGCAAGACUUCACCAAGGCUGUCCAAGAAGGCAAAGAGAAAGAGCUCGGAUGGCCAUCUGCUGCAUACGCCGUCAGCAAGGCUGGUACAACCGCCUUCACAAAGGCCAUCGCCACCGAAGAGGACAAGAAGGGCAGAGGCGUCUUGGUCAAUGCUUGCUGCCCAGGCUACGUCAACACCGACAUGACCAAGGGCAACGGUGUCAAGACUCCCGAUCAGGGCGCAAAGACUCCCGUCAUGCUGGGUCUUGAAGAUAUCAGCGGCACGUCUGGCGGCUUCUGGCAGAGCGAGAAGAUCAUCGAGUGGUGA